AUGUAUCCAACCACUCUAACACAGUUGGCCAGGUCGAAUCCUUUCAACGCUCCCUUAAUCACCUUGCAACAGGUGGGUGAGCAGUCACACAAAUUCUCAACCAACGGGCACACAAACCGCCAGCUCGCCGCAGCAUCUUUAGACGAUGCAGAAGUGAGCUGUGAGUAUGGCUCUAAUAAGUACUAUGCCCUCUGUGGUUUUGGAGGGAUUCUGAGCUGCGGCCUCACACACACAGCUGUUGUUCCACUUGACCUCAUCAAAUGUCGCAUCCAGGUGGACCCGGACAAAUACAAGUCUAUCUUUAAUGGCUUCUCAGUCACUAUGAGAGAGGACGGCCUCAGGGGCCUUGGCAAAGGCUGGGCUCCCACCUUCAUUGGCUACUCCAUGCAGGGUCUGUGCAAGUUUGGCUUCUACGAGCUCUUCAAGGCUCUCUACAGUGACAUGCUCGGAGAGGAGAAUGCGUACCUGUGGAGGACCUCAGUCUACCUGGCAGCUUCAGCCAGCGCUGAAUUCUUUGCUGACGUGGCGCUGGCUCCCAUGGAAGCGUGUAAAGUGAGAAUUCAGACCCAGCCAGGCUACGCUAACACCCUGAGAGAGUGUGCACCCAAGAUGCAUGCUGAGGAGGGUCUGUGGGCGUUCUAUAAGGGAGUCUACCCUCUCUGGAUGAGACAGAUCCCCUACACUAUGAUGAAGUUUGCCUGCUUUGAACGCACUGUGGAGAUUCUGUAUAAGUAUGUGGUUCCCAAGCCUCGCAGUGAGUGCUCCAAGCCAGAACAGCUGGUGGUGACUUUUGUGGCUGGCUACAUCGCUGGAGUGUUCUGUGCUGUGGUGUCCCAUCCUGCUGACUCUGUAGUAUCUGUCCUGAACAAGGAGAAAGGCAGCUCUGCUGUACAGGUGCUCCAGAGACUGGGACCAAGAGGCGUGUGGAAGGGCUUGUUUGCACGUAUCAUUAUGAUUGGCACCCUGACUGCCCUACAGUGGUUCAUCUAUGACUCAGUGAAGGUGUACUUCCGCUUGCCCCGCCCACCACCCCCAGAGAUGCCCGAGUCACUGAAGAGGAAGCUUGGCUUAGCCAAUUAG